UAAUUAAGAUGCAUUUGCAGCGCUUCAGACGUUCUUCGGUUAAGUAGAGUGUGUGAUUCAGAGUGUUCUAUAGUUCUAAAGUGUAGUAUGUAUUUCCGAAACAAGACGACUACGCAGUUGGUAGCAGGAACCGGCCACGAUCAGUGUAGAUCCUGAGCUUGAACGGCGCAGAUCACAACGACAUGCAGUAGGAGUAGUUCCACGGAAAGCUUUCGGAAGUCUAUAAAUGAUUGUGAAAUCGUAGGAGAGCUUUCAAUCGCACACCAGCCGGGUAGGCAAGUAAACAAAGUUGCAACGCAGAUAAGCGGCAGGGUUUCGGUUGGCGAUUUUGUGAGCACAUCUAGUUGCUGAUAAUUAAAGGCCGAAGAUUGUGUGUUGUGUGCUUCGCAUCCGAGUGAAUUAAUUCUCAGAAAUGGGAAAUGUUUUGGAUUUUGUGUUAUUACAAAGCUACGUUUGAUAAGAGUGCAGGCAAGUGAAACGAGUUGAUUUUAAAUACAUAUAUAUAUAUGUGGACCGGGACGGGACGUGUUGAGUUUGGAUCGUAUCGAGGAAAAAUUGAUUUGUGAGUUUGUGCUAUAACUUUCGCCCUGGUGGAGAGUGAUAACGAAGAUAAGAUAGUGAGCGAGUGAUAUUGUACAAAGUGAUCAUUAGGGACCAUCAUCGGGGAGGCAGUCAUCAUGUCAACACUUCUCAAUUUGGACAGCUACCGUCAUGAGCUAUUCGAGCAACACCACCAGCAGCAGCAGCAUCAGCAGCUAUCGUCAUCGCCGACGUACUCGGUGCUAUCGAUGGAAUCGUCCGCGUCGUCGCCUAGCGCAGCCGAGAGUAGCAAGUACUACGCGAGCAACUCUCCGUCCAGUGUCAGUAACAUGUCCCCGAAAUCAACAGCUAGCGAUACGAGCUCGUUCAACAUGCAGAACUUAAACAUUUCCAACGGCUACCCAUACUUGAUGACCGGGGAUGAGACACAGCUGCAAACCUUCCACUAUACAGAACACAGCGGUGCAUCGAACCAAGCUCAAGUGGGACUAUCCGUGGUACACCUAACGAUCAUGGAGCAGCCGGUGGACAAGUUUCGCUUCCGGUACCAAUCGGAGAUGCACGGCACGCACGGUUCCCUGAUGGGGGUGAACACGGAGAAAAGCAAGAAGACAUUCCCAACCGUAAAGCUGCAUGGGUUCCGAGGCGAAGCCAAGAUCCGUUGUUCGUUGUUCCAGGUGGAUCCGAACCGGAGGGCAGCCCACUCGCAUAACCUGGUGAUCAAAAGUGGAGAAAUUGAUCUGAACGAUCCGCACGAUAUCGACGUGAACGAAGAUUGCAACUACGUGGCCAUGUUCCAGGGCAUGGGAAUCAUACAUACGGCUAAGAAGAACAUUGCCGAACAGUUGAGCAAAAAGAUGAAGAAGCAAAAGGCGGUAGAGGUGUCCCGGGAGCUGACUCUCCGAGAGGAACAGCAGCUGCAGAAGGAGGCAAUCGAGAUGGCAAAGACGAUGAAUCUUAAUCAGGUGUGUCUGUGCUUCCAGGCAUUUCAGGUCGAUCCGAACACCGGCCAAUGGACGCGGCUGUGUGAACCGGUUUAUUCCAACCCGAUUAAUAAUAUGAAGAGUGCCCUGACAGGAGAGCUGAAAAUUUGCCGGCUGAGUACAACUGCUGGCAACGUAGAUGGAGGGGAGGAAGUGUUUAUGUUUGUUGAAAAAGUUUGCAAAAAUAACAUCAAGAUUCGAUUCUACGAAUUGGACGAGUACGAUCAGGAGGUCUGGCAGGAUUGGGGUGUCUUCUCGGAAGCGGACGUCCACCAUCAGUAUGCAAUCGCAUUCAAAACACCCACCUAUCACAACAAAGACAUCACCGAACCGGUCGAUGUGCUGAUGCAACUGUAUCGACCACGGGACAAAUGCCAGAGCGAGUCCGUCCCAUUCAAGUACAAACCCCGCCUGAACAUAUCCCGCAAGCGGCCUCGGGUCAGUUCCGGUCAAAUUUCCUGCAACAUUCCCACUGUGGUCCCCAAUGAACCGGGAACCAGCCGGUUACCAUCGUUCCACCAUCCGUUCUCUAUAAUUCCACCGCUGCCAGCGCCCAUUCCCGAGUCGAGUAACACCAUCAGCAAAGAAUACAACAAAUCAGGCAUCAUUCAGGAGAUUUUGGACAGCCACAUUCCCACCACAAUAGCCGCUGAUAUCUCGUUUAGCUCGAACGACUUCAAAGAUUUCGUCCUUUGUAACUCGGAAGAACUACACAAGCUCAUCAACGACAUCGGUGAGGCGCAGGAGAUGAGCAAGUUGGAAACGGACUCGGUGUCGGUCAGUCACGUGGACGAUGCGGCGGCACAGUUCGAGCGAGCGUUGGAGCAAUAUCUGGACCAGAACCAGCAGGCGAAGGACGUGGAGAUCCUGAAGAAGAUUCUGACCAUCAUUAGACUCCUGUGCCGGAAGAACUACGACCAGUGCCGGGAGCUGAUAUCGGCCCUCUGGAUGUCAGCGAACAAAUUGAAAGUCAAUUGCCUGCACAUGGCCAUCGAGCGGCGGAACGUCCCAAUAGCCUGCAAAUUGGUCGAACUCCUGCAGGACAACCAGCUCCACGAGCUGCUGGAUCUGUUCAACGAGCGCAGCGAAACGGCCCUGCACCUGGCCGUAUCGGCCAAUCUGGUGGAAGUCGUCGACGUGCUGCUGCUAUCGGGAUCCCGGAUCAGCUUCUGCGACAGUCGGGGAAAUUCCGCGCUGCACCGUGCCGUCUACGAGAAUGCCACCGAUAGUUUAAAUGUCUUGCUAGGACAUUGCAAGCGAAACGGGUUCCGGCUGGAUUCGACCAAUGACGAUGGCUUCACGCCGCUGCAUCUGGCGGUGAUGUGCAAGAAUCUGAAGGUGACGAAGAUACUGCUGGAACGAGGGGCCUCGCACAAGCUUCGCGAUCUCAAGCAUGGGCACAACAUCCUGCACAUUGCGGUGGAAAGUAAUUCUCUGGACAUGGUCAACUACAUUCUGGAAAAUGUAGACAAAUUAUUAGGCGUAGUACCGAACAAUGCCGGCUACACCCCGUUGCAGUUGGCCAAUGCAAGGCACUUGGCAAACUCGAUUAACAAGUUGAUCGUUACGGAGUUGCUUCGCUACAAUCCCGGAGGGCUGUUGGAAAAAGAACAUCUAACGGACGAGGAGGAUGAUGAAACGGAGCAGGACGAGAACCACCAUCCCCGGAAUGAGUUCCGGACAGAAACCGUGUUUGAUUCGAUCAACGUAAACUGUAACCGGGUGGAAGUGAUACGGGUAUUGGAGGAGCAUACGAAUUCGAAUCAGGAACCUACGUUGACUCCUUUGGAGAAUGUACCGUACAGCAGCACGCUCGAUGAGGGUGCCGGAUAUCUGUUCGACGAGGAGUGCCUGUCCCACCUGUGUGGGCUGUUGAAUCGGCAACAUUUGUGGCGAGAUGUGGGAUCGCUGCUGGACUUCAAUGCAUUCUUCACGAUCUGGGAAGAGUCGGUCAAUCCUGCUGGCAUGUUGUUGAACUAUUUUGAGAUGCAGAAAAUGAAACUCGAAAAUUUGACAGGCAUCCUGCAAGCGUUGGAUCAGAAAGAGGCCGUUCAUUACAUUGAUGAAAUGAUUUGCCGGCAUAUGAAAUGAGCAUCUCUUGAGUGGAACCGAGUUCAGUUUUGUGGAGUAGAGAUUCCCUUUUGGGGUUACACAUUUGCGAGAGGUAAUCAUCUCUCAUCUAAUCCAGUGCUAGUGAUCAUAUAGGUUAAGUUUCUGACACACUUCAAAUUUUAUGCAGAUUUGAAGGAAGGAUACGUACAAAAGAUUUAUUAUCAUACUGUUUUUAUGUAACAUAAAACAUGUUUAAUUGUGUAGUUGAGUAUCACCUGCUAGAAACGUGUGCGAUGCCCUUUAGGACUUCAAUUAUCGAAUUGAACGCCAUCGAUGGCUUUUGGCGGAUAAAUUGGGACUGAAGUUCCAUUAACUUUUCCGAAGUUCAGUCAACUUCUCCAGAGUAGCCCACGGAACAUCGGAGGAGUUUAGGCAGGUUAAUGGAACCAUUUUAAAACUCAGUUCAGAUCUUCAGGAAGGUCAGCAGAUAAUAGAGUAUAAUAUACAUAUGUGUUCAAAGAAAUUCAAUUCAGUUCAGGAGAUUCAGAAAACUCAGAGUUUCAUUUACAACCCUAUUUUUAGUAUAUAUUUGCGCCUUCGAAGCAUGCAACCAAAGUGCUCGAAUCAGUAACCCUAGUACUACACUAUAUUUGUUUUGAUUAGCUAUAAAGGUUGAAAGAUAAAAUGAGGGGUUCGUGGAUUUACCUAUGUUUCGAGGGGUGCAUC